CACACACUUGAUCAUCUUCUACAUCUCUCUUCAUAUCCACCAGAAACUUAACUUCUGCUUCUUCAGAUGGCAAGGGGAAAGAUCCAGAUCAGGAAGAUCGAGAACUCAACGAACAGGCAGGUGACGUAUUCCAAGAGAAGAAACGGACUGUUCAAGAAGGCGAAUGAGCUCACAGUGUUGUGUGAUGCUAAAGUCUCCAUUAUCAUGGUGUCUUGCACUGAUAAGCUUCAUGAAUAUAUAAGCCCUUCUGUUACGACGAAGCAGUUUUUUGAUCAUUAUCAGAAGGCAUCUGGAAUUGAUCUUUGGAACUCUCAUUAUGAGAAAAUGCAAGAGGAAAUGAGACAACUGAAAGAAGUGAACAAAAAUCUUAGAAGGCAAAUUCGGCAAAGGCUGGGUGAUUGCUUGGAAAAUCUAGGUUUUGAACAACUGCUUGAUCUUGAGAAGGAGUCACAGGAGGCUGUAUACAUCAUUCGCGAACGCAAGCUCAAAGUGAUUGGUAAUAAGUUGGAGACUUUGAAGAAGAAGGUGAGGAGUGCUCAAGACGUAUACAAAAAGCUCAUGCAUGAAUUUGAUAUUCGAGGAGAUGAUCCACAGUACGGGAUGAUAGAAGACGCAGGAGAGUAUGAAGCCAUGUAUGGAUACCCGCCACAUAUCGCUUCCACGCCGCAGAUCCUAACUCUACGGCUGCAGCCUAAUCAUCCAGAAAAUCUUCAUGCUGUUGCUUCAGACCUCACCACCUAUGCCUUGCUUGGCUAGCUAGCUAGUUCCAUUGUACCAAACCUAUAAUUAAGCCCUUGGAAGACAUUAAGUAGUUGGUGUUUGAUUUCUGUGCAUUGUGAUUGGUAAUGUGUGAAGUUAAUACUUGAUUAAUUGUUGUUGUUUUAUGUUUUAAUAAUACUUAAUUGUGACAUGUUUA